AUGCGGUUCAGGAUCCGGAAGAAGCCUGCCUCUGCGGCGGCGCCGGCGGCAGACGGCAGCAACAGGACCGCUUCUUCCACGGCCGCCGUGCUGGCGGGUAUCGGGACCGCGGGCAGCGGCGGCGGGGCGUUGAUCGUCGCUAGCCCAGAUCGCUAUGGCACAGAGAAUGGAGGAAGCAGAGAUGAGUCAUUCUUCGAGGCAAGGCCGUGGUUAGACUCUGAUAGCGAAGAUGAUUUCCAAAGCGUGAGGGGAGACUUCACUCCUGCAAGAGGUAGUAUUAGUACCCCAGAUCACCAGAUGCAAACAUUCGCACCGCGGUUAUCUGUGGACACACCAAAGCCUUCACUGACGGACAAGAAACAGAGGCUCCUUGAGCUUCUCCAGGAAAAGCAGCAGUAUGAUGACGAGCAAGAUGGCGCUACCGAUGCUGGUAGCGAGACGGGGAACGGCACUGUUCAUGCUGAAGAACAUCUGAAUCCUUCUGGUAAAGUAGAGAAGGCAAAGAAGCCAACCAAGACAGGUUGCUUCCCUUGCUCUGUUUGGAAGCUUAGUUUCAAGAGCUGCUGGAAGAAGAAAAAAGAGCACAAGGAUUUGUGA